AUGCCUACGGCAACGAAAAGACUGAUGUUCUUAACCAGCUUUGUCACAAGCUUGGGGGCUUUAAUCGUAAUUUGUUCUAUUCUUACAACUCAAGAAUGGAUCCGCAGCACAGUUGUCAUUAGAGACACUUCUUCUAAUGGUAGUGUGAUUAUCACCUACGGACUCUUUCGUGGGAAGAGUAUUCAAGAAUUGAAUCACGGACUUGCAGAAUCAGACAAAAAUUUUGAAGUUUUAGGGACACUGAACAAUUCUUCCCCAAAGACUCUGCACUUGGUGGUCAUCCUGUUCCUGGUCCUUAGUUUGUUCACUUCGCUGUUGAGCUCUGUGUUCACCUUCCACAACAGCAUCAGCAACCCCUAUCAGACGUUCUUGGGACCGAUGGGGGUGUACACCUGGAACGGACUCAGCGCAUCCUUCAUAUUCAUAAGCAUGGUGCUCUUUGUGGGGAACACACAAUCCAAUCAUCUCUCAGAAGAGCUGGCCCAGAGGCUCUACCCACUUUAUCCAGCAGUCACUCAACAAGGAACCUCCCACAGUUACGGAUACUCAUUCUGGCUCACCCUGCUCGUCAUUCUUCUAAACAUAGUCACCGUGGUCAUCAUCACCUUCUACCAGAAGGCCAGAUACCAGUGGAAGCAGGAGCAGAAAAAGCCCAUGGAAUAUGCCCCAAGGGAUGGAAUUUUAUUCUGA